AUGACGGCGAAGCUGUUGAGAGAAGUAUUCCAACAGGUUUAUAGUGGUAUUGCAUCCCAAUUUGCCCUGCAGAACUUCAUCAUACCAACAUCUCAGAGCGUCAAUGGGACAGUCUUCUAUUACCUAAAAUCGUCUGAUAGACUUCAAGAGUAUACAUUCAGAACGUCGACUUGCCGAUCGUUCACGAUUAACGCCCAUCAUGACCUUGGGGCAGAAAGUUGCGAGUGUGCGAAUGAGCAAGUCACCACAGCAGGCCGAUCCUGGAAGCCAUUUGCGGCAAGAAAGUCUAUCCUCACGCUCGCAUAUUUUAUGCCGCUUCUGGCUGUUGCUGCCCUUGAGGUGAUACAUCUGCUAUUAAAUCAGAAUAUCGGGCUGGUGGUCAUCCAAACGGAACAAAAGAAAUAUUCACACCAGCAUUUUUCCGUCCUCGUUUUGUUGGCAUUGCAACACUCUAUAGCAAUCUUGACUUCACGAUUGCAAUGCUCACACCUUUGGGAAGCAGUACGAGAAUACCAUAUCGGUGCCGCGUCAUCUGCCACCGCAGCAUUUGCGGUAGGCCUUUCAACAGUUGUUGCUUCCGGCCUAUGGAAUUCAGAUUUAAACAUGGCCCCGUCACAUUCUGCGGUCGCUGCUAGAACAGACAAUUGA